AUGGCCCGAUUUUCCGUCGCACCUCCCUCAAAACUCAAUCUGCGUCUUCUGGCUGCUACGUUAACGGGGACACCGCAGCUGUCAUUUGGGGGCAGGUAAACGCAUCCAAUCACGAGUCGAGUUGAUAACCCAUGCCAGCGCCUGACGCUCACAAUACCGAUACGAUUCCUUGUUUCAGCAAACCUCCGACGUAUACACUCGGCUUAUUUUUAAACAGAUUUUACAUGAAGCCUUGACUUAGAGAGAAGCAAGAUUUCGCGGAAAAAAACAGGCAUAACCACCUGGCCAAGCGCAAAAUAUGAUAUAAAAACAGACAUCAGCAUGAGCAACUUGAAGGAUUGCAAAGCUAGAUAAUUAGAUCUCAGUAUCUGCACUCUGACCACUCUGGAUGCCAAAAUUACCCCGCGAAUGGGCUGACUACCGAUACGCCCAUGUUCAGCAGGAAGUAGGGUAAAGUUCAUUCCGUUUCGGACGCAGCGAGUUGGCAGCUGUUGAUUUAGAACGAGGUAGGCAAACCACAUCUUGGAGUAUUUGUGCCCAUGUGACCUCAUUUUGCAACAACGUUUAUCUAAGGAAUGAAGGUUUCGCCAGUUUUCGAAAGAAAGUGCAACCUACAAUAGGUGUGCAUUGAAAGCGAAAAGAGAUUUGUUGGCAGGAAAGGUUGGGUUCGAGUCAAGCACUGGUAUUGUGAUAAGUACAAGGGUGGAAGUUAAAUUGUAAAUUACAGCAGGGGAAUCAAAUCAUUAAAUGUGCGUAAACUAACAAACCAUCUCUAAUUUAUCAGAAAACGGUCCAAAUAUAUCAACCAAAACUCCAAAUCAAUAGAUGUUUUGGCAGAUUUUGAGUGAUUCAUACUGACCCAACUGCGAGAAACUCGGCACUUUGGUGAGAUUCUAACCCACGAUAGUAAGGGAAAGGUUUCAGUACAGCCAACGCUCUAACCAUCUGAGCUACGAGAGCCCGCCGGACGACGAGGGUUUAAUCAUAAAAUCUGCCAAAACAUAUAUGAAUUACGUAAGCCUUGUAGUCAUCUGGUGGAUUAUAGGUGAAUUAGGAUAUCCUGCUUGCGUAGUCAACUCACUAUAUCAGAUUUGAUGGAUUCCAGACGGUUCACUAGUUUUUGCUGGUAACGUCCCAAAUGUGAUUAAACCCGCGUCGUUCGGUGGGGCCUCGUAGCUCAGAUUGUUAGAGCGUUGGCUGUACUGAAACCUUCCCAUUAAUGUCAUGCGUUCGAAUCCCACCGAGGCGCCGAGUUUUUCAUAGUUUGGUUAAUAUGAAUUAUCCAAAUUAAUAAUAGACGAUCUUAGGUUAAAUGAAAACAUUAAAAGAUUAUUGAAAGCAAUGCUGCGUCGCCUGUAUAUAAUUAUUUUACUAUGGCAAUAAAAUACGCCGAAAAUAGUAUUGUCCAUGUCAAAUGAGUAAAUGCAAUUUUGGAAGUACGAUAGGUUAUCCACGCAGAUAAAAAACAAAAUAAAGCCAUAUCAUAAAGGGAUUUUUACACGAAAUUCAUUUAAAUAUGGCCCCAGAAACUAACGUAAUAUAGAUUUUAUUAGUUAUUUAACCGCUUAGUUUUUGAUUAUGUAUUUCGAAAUGGGUUUAGGAGAAUAUGUUGUAAUUUUUUUUACUUUUUUACCAUAAGUUGGGCGAUCAACAUAUGCAAUGAGGAUUUCGUCAGCAAAUAAAAGAUUCGUAUGUCGAGAGACCGACCAAUAGUUAAGUAAAUAUGAAUAAAUUUAUCCGACACAAUAGGUGGCAUACGAUUUACUGUGUACCGAGAGGAUAUCUUCUCCACAAAAUUACUGCGUGUCCUUGGAAUCAGUCGAGUUUCUGGUCAGGCAACGCAUUGUAGUUUUAACUGUUCCUAAUCGACUGUCCAGGAAUACAAGUCCUAUGGUUUUAAUCUGUCAGUUACGUCAAUACAGGAUAAUUCUCGAUAGAAUUUACCCAAGUUUUUAAAGCAGAUUCGGGUUUAAGUCGUAUUUGCUGAUCCAUCCGAACAUAAAAAAUCCGCACUGGAUCAAAUGUAAGUCCACAGGGAGGACUUACGACGAAUACUCUUUUGAUAAACUGAAGUGUCUUCCCUAGCAAGCUACUUCUUUAAAAAGUCCUUUACCGAGUUAUUUCGCUGACGAUUGUUCAUGUGUUUCAUCUUAUUGUUGGUUAAAUUAAGGACAAAUAGGAAUAUUUGAUCCGCCUAUUCACGCCGCCAACAGUGAUAUGUUCCCUGCUGCAAAUGAAGAAAAACCCUUUUCUUUUCAUUCUGGAGCCACUGUCGAUAAAUUUGUUUACACUUAGGCUUCGUGUUUUCCGAAAAUAACUCAGUAAUUCAUAACUGAGUAUAUAACCUUUGCUCUUGCUGUGCAUUUUGUGUGCAAGUGCUUUGAAGAUAUUGCAUGCUUUUACUUCAAAAAUUCUCCACUCCUGUUUCACCGUCUGUCAUGUGCAGUUUGCAUGCUAGGAGUUACCCCUAAAAUAUUUGCAAAUUAACUACCUUCCAUGCAGACCUAUGUCGUUUCGGUGGAGUUUUCAAGGAAUUCUGUAAUUUACUCCAAGACAUUGACUGAUAUGCUGUAUUUAUAGGAUGGGAAUGGUGCAAAAUAAUCAUGUAUACAAGAGACUUUGCAUUGUCAACAAUAUCUGAGAGAUCAACUGAAAGAUUCUUGCAACCCCUUAUCCACAAAAUUGCUGAUGUGGCGGCGACGUCUCUUCUGCAUAUAUGGCUGAUAUGGCUCUAUGUAAAGCUUGAAUUCUCAAAUGACCGACGCGGACAUCCUGUGAUGAUAAAAUUCGGUCACAGUGGGGGCAGGCUUGAAUUCAACCCACAUUACUGGUACCGGGACGAAUAUGGAUGUCAAUAGAAGCGAAGAGAAGAGUCCCAGGAAGCAGUCUUGAGGAAGGAUACACGAUCGCUGGGACAAGAGCUUUAUUAGCCUGAGGUCUGGGAUUCCUGCUCGAACACAUCAUCGGAGACAAAAACAGAUAGGAUUGCUUAAUGCACACGGGACUGCAGUAUUUAUAGGAUGCAGUCAUCACGCCACCGAAUGCCUAUGAAUGAUUUCUACUCCAACCUUUAUCAUGAAUUGUUGAUGUGAUGACAGUUUUAUGGCCACUAUUCACGUCGUUAAAUGAUGCAAAUUCAUCACGGUUGUUGGAUUUUGGUGGGGUAGUUGCUCGGCCAUCUGAGCUACCAACCCUGGCGAUGGGAGCGCUUUUCACCCGUGUAACCCUUUACGUGCUGAAUGAGCCGCUACUUGAGAGCUGGCGUCAUUUCUUCAUACUACUGCAGAAUGUUCGGGCAUCCGUGUUCUGAGAUGUCUUCCGGUUUCUCUUACAUGGUUGCUUUUUCCGCAACUGCACCAAAUCCGAUAAAUGUUUCCAAACGUUUCUUACUGUGGUAGGGGUAUUUCGGCUUUAUUAUCUGACGCCUGAUGGUUGCCUCCGGUCUGUAAUGGUGGGUUCGAGUAGGAAUGCGAAACGUCGGGCGAAUAAAACUCUUGCCUCAGCGAUCGGGUCACCUUCUUCACGAGUAUGGUUGUGUUUCAUGGAAUGGUAGGACCGUUCUCAACAGUGAUGUUUCUGCCGAUAGUACUAGCUUGUAUUGAAAUGAGAGGUAGUUUGAUCCUGCCAAGACGUCCGGCCAGACCGACUCGCGUCUGGAAUUUUCUUUGUCAGUGUGGACACAUUGACAGGGUUUGAAUGCAUGCCUUUUUGAUUUGUAGCUCCCGAUCGUUGCGAACCUCUUUAUUUGCAUGAUUAGUUGACAUCUAGCGUCAACCAACCUACGCAAAUCAAAAAAAUAUUUUCGAUUGGACAAUUAUUGUCCGAGCAAUACUUUUUAAUUUAUAUCAGUGCGCAGAUGUGUUUCAAAGGGGUUAUUCAUUUAUUAAUUUUCCUGAAUCCAGGAUAGCAGUGACUUCCGUUCAAAUUUGCGAGCCCUUUCCGCGAUAAAACUAAGCUAGAUGCGGAUUUUUCCAGAAAAAAGAACCUUCCUGCGAAUGUCAUAACCAAAUAAAUUGAUUUGUCCUAUUACGAUCAUGUAAGUGUCUAUUAUCACGUUUCCCGAGUUUCCUCACCUACUGUAUGGUGAAGAUUUGUCCGUGAUUUUGCCUGUGCACAAACUGGGCACCUGGGUGAUAAUGCUGUCCGACGUCUACUUUUACGUUCAUCCCAUCCCUACUCUGCAAGCGCUUUUCCCCAAAUUUUCAGGAAAAUCUUUCAAUUGCAGCAAGGUAGUAUAUGCACAUAGAUUGUCCGCUCCAUGUGCGUGACUCUCAUAGAAGAUGCACUUUGCACUCUGGCGACAGGUAGCUGAGGGCUUCAGGAAUUUGGAUACGCAGUACACAUUUGAGACCUCCUAGUCGGAAUUACUGCAACUUUUUUCAGAUUCACAAUUCAGAAUAUGCCUUUAUUCAGUUAUAAGUCCACUCUCAUUGCCUGUGCCCUACCUUAUGAAUAAUGAGCAGCCGUUUCAUCGAUAAUUCACGCCAACAGGGACCUCAUUCAAAGAAACCUCUGUUUGCGACCAUUGGGCUAAACAUUUGUUCUUUAUGUCGUUGGCAAAUGAUCGCCAGCGUGUAUUUUUUGUUUUAUCUUGAUCCCAUAGGAUCUGGAUUUUGAGAAGGCGAAGGUCGUAGUUAGAAGUAAGAUUAAUAUUGUCUAGGUCCUAGGUUCCGAUAGACUUUGUUUGAAGUCAACGAUGGCAUGAUCCAACGUACCCUUUUAUUCUAUAGAUACGUUAGUAGUCUAUAGAUAAAUAAACACUUUUGAAUUCACCGAAAGCCUCUUAGCCAUUACCAUAGUUCCGGACUGUCGAGCAGAGCCUCACUGAAGUGCCAGUCCUUAGAGUGGAGGCUAUGGGAUAUUUUAAUGAGCACGGGUAUCAUUUAUGGCCGCGAUUACUAACUGCGGGGAGCAUUUGUGUUGAGCAAAGGAGCCGAACAUCUAAGAACUUCGAGAUAUGACACAUUUUGAUCUUCCAUAUUGCCGUCAGUCAAAGAGGGGACACUAUUUUUACUAUCUACUGAUAAUAGUAAAUGAAUGUACUGUCCCCCCCCCCGCAGGCAUUGUCAAAAGGGUGUUGCAUUGGCAUAUUUUCACUCCGACGACAACUUUAAACCAUGUUGACGAUCCCCACGUAGCAGCCACCGCGAGGCUUUUGCAUUUCCUUCUCCAGCAUGUACAAAAAAAUAUCGUCAGUCAUUUUUAUUCAGCACUAUUGCUCCUCGAAUUAAGUAACCCCGGCUACAAACCAUACCCUUGUCUUUGAUUGACCUAGUAUUCCAUGGCAAAGGAGACGGUUUUGCCCAUAGUAACGCCAUUUUGACAAUUUUUGGACGAAAAACUGAUUGAUAGGAAUUUAGCUGGUUCACUGAAAUACUGCAAGCUUAUGGACAUUCUCUGUCGUUGUCAUCAUUCACCCGCGUACUCCAAAAUCCGUCAAGCAUGUCUGUGACGGCGAAGCUUCAGACCACUGUACUUCUGACCGAUUAGUGCCCCCCUGUUGAAGUCACUAAAUGAAAUAGCUACCUCAGAUUUUCUGUUUGACUUUUUCGCGCCUCCAGCAGUUCAAUAAACUGGUGGGAAUGCCACUCAAAAGAGCUGUUUUGUAAGAGCAUGGCACAAAUCAUUUUAGAUUAAAGUCUAGCUCAUUUGCAGUUGUCCACGAUUUUAGCAACUACCUUUUCAUGACAAAUUAUGCACUAUCUAACUUCGUACAUGCUUGCCAGCACAUGGUUUUGGUGGGCGGUUUUUUAUUUGCUUACUGAGGAAGUUAAGUACAGUGAACAUACCUUUUUGAUUAUCAAUAAUCCGCCCAAAGCAGCGACUGAAAUAAGUAGUUUAGUCCUGUCAGGGACGUGAGGGGCGGGAAGGGGGGGGGGUGGGGGAAAUCUGCUGAUAAGUUGCAUUUAUUAGAGUCAACUAUGAAUACUCUGAGGGCAUCGGGGGCGUUCAACCCCAACGACGAGGCCUUAGCACGGCAACGGUCUGACUGCAUGAACUACGAGGUCCCGACCGCGAGCCGUGAGUUUAAUCGAAUUUGGGUCAAAUUGCCCGCCCAACCUACUGCGAUAUAACUCGCUGGCAGAUUUACCCCAUUCCUCACCCCCUACACAUGCUCCAACAGAACUAGAUUGUAAUUUUCCCCGAAAUUCCCCUAUUUCCCAGAUGCUGCCUCAUUAAAUGUUUCAUUUUGAUAGUAAGGGGCGCUCACCGAUCGUUCAUACGGAACUCACUCGUUCCGUUGAGCCUUACGGGCUCUCACUAGCGCCCAACCAGCAGCCACACAGCCCGUAAGGCACAACAGAACGAGUGAGUUCCGUAAGAUUGCUCAUUGAACGUCCCUUACCAUCAAAAUGACUAUUCCCGAUCUAAACCGGCAGGGCGACGGGCUCGUGGCCCAGUGGUUAGAGGUGUGGACUUCUAACUAACAGGUCUCGAGUUCAAGCCCCAGGUGUUCCACACUUCGGGAUUGGGUAUGACUGGCUGACGACAGCUAAUAAGCCAGAAAUAACCACCCCAGUCUCCCUCGUCUCUGUCGGUAGACACGCUCAGCAGUAAGGAGGUGGAUUUCGGGAUCAGCCGUUGGUAGGAAAAUGCUUAUCUGACGAAAAGUUUGUGCGGUCCAUACGUUGGCGCCAAAAAGUUUAUAAGUCUCACACGCCGGUGCCCGAAAGACCCCGUUUUGAUGAAGAAAAAAGUAGUUUAGGCUAACGCUGGUCGCUGAACUCUUUCUUUGACUCACUCAGAGACAGAGACGUUCAUGGGUGCAGUGUUCUCCCAAGGUCCUAUUGGUUCGCCGUUAUGAGCCAGACUGAAGCGCAUAGAUCCUGUUCCUAGAGAUAGAAGCCUGUGGGGAUUUACGAAAUUCCCACUGGCGCUUAUAAAUCGUAGUCUGAACAAGAAAGUGGCUGAUAUCACAAAAAGAAUACGCUGAAGUAAGGCUAACUUUGAACGUGCUCUGUUAAAGCCAUUUGGAAAAAAACGGCUUUUUCUAGACCCCUGCGUUUGCUUCUAGCAAAUCUACGAAAGUGGGAUCAGCUUCUGCAAAUGAUUCCUUAUCCAAUCGCAAUCUACGAAUAGUGUAAACCUAGUGUCCUCUUCCUGGAGUAAAUACUUCGACUGGCUAAUUUUACUCCUUUUCACCAAUUUGUCCUGCAGAAAAUUGGCUGCGUUGCAAGAGAUGUUAGUCACAACGUUCAUUUUACUGUUUGUGCUGGUUGGAAAAAUCCAAAAAUUCAGGCCUCUCUCACGACUUCGCCCUUGAAUGACGUUUGGAAGUACGUAAAACCAGCACGUGUGAACCAUUUUCGAGCAUCUCCAGCCUGACUUGCGUCACUGACUUUCGAAGAAAGGGAUCCCUUCCUAAACCAAAAGCUCACUCAUCUACACCCGAAACUUAAGGCGUGGUCUCUAAGAGCUCCUUCAAGUGGGUGAAGUGUGCACUGUACGGUUCAACUGUCCUGAUAGACUGCCUCCCUAGGUGCUUGCCGGGUGCAGUGUCGAGACUUAUUAGUGCCUACUUGAUUUCUAUUCACAGGGAGGACUGCUAGCAAAACAUGCAUAUAGUUGUGGGUGAAAGCCUGCGUUUUUGGGGGGGGGGAUAGACAGUAUCCCCUACAACGCGCCAUGCGGGAAUUGUGCUGAACCAACAAGGGGACCAGAUCAGGAUACGCUACGCAAAUGCCAUGCAUGGGGAUAUGGUGGCACGCCCAGGUGCAGGCUCAAACCACGCCGACCACUCGCGCACGACCCCGACUCCAGUUUCCUCGACUUUCUUUCGACAUCCGGCUCAGAAGGGUGGGGGAGGAGAGGGUGAGGUAGACGCUGCGCAAGUUCAUCAUCGCUAUAGACUUAUUCACGCCUAUGUCCCGUUUCCGUGCCCAACCUGUUGUGGAGCACGCGGUGAACAUUGCCGGUAACGACGGUCCAUUUGACAUGGGACAGACACAUCAGCUCCAAAUGUGGAGCAAUUACCUACGACGAAUUUUUAGCCUUCCACUGAAUACCUCUGUGCUAGUCUGCUACAGCCAAAAGGUGAUACGUCUUGGGAAGUCAGGUUCACUCACGGCUUGGUUAGUCCUCAUGUAACGCUUCCUCAACAAUGAUAUCUCUUGUUUGUCAUUUUUAUUGACCAGUUUCUUUACACUCGCGUGUACAGAGAGUAGGGACAGUUAAGUGCCGACUCUUAAGAAGACGCACGGAGAGUAUGGGAAGUCACACCGCCAAUUCACACUUUCUGCGAAUCUGUAUAAAGCAGCCAGCUGUCUAAAUCUGCGUCAAGUGUUACACUUCUGAGUUAUUUCAGUCAUGUCAACCAUGUUGCCAUGUGAUAAAGUCGACGGUUUCUCUAUGACGUGCUUAACUCAGUGAGAUUGCAACCGUUGGAAUGAGACCUAUUUCAAUUUUGGGCUGGGCUCGGAAAUGCAUACCCCCUAUAUCGCAGGGGACCUUAUGCUUAGUUCCAGGGAUGCACUUAUUCCCCUGUGCUAGCUCUUGUCCUAGAACUGACUAUCCCAACCCUAGCUCUAACGCCCAUGGAAUUUACCCCAAGUACCCGCCUUUAAUACGGCGGGUGCUUAUGACCGUGCCCCAUCGAAUUUUGGUAUAAGUACAUGCUGGGUUCAUACAGUCCAAACUGUUUGAGCAGUUUUGGAAGACAGCCAAUGAGAGGAGGGUCACAUGCCAGCAUUCAGACUUGUUGAUACUCUCCAGAACAGAAGUCAUGACGGAGAAGAAGAGCAGGAGGAGAAGGAAGAAGAAGAAGAAGAAGAAGAAGAAGAAGAAGCAGAAGAAGAAGAAGAAGAAAAAGAAGAAGAAGAAGAAGAAGAAGAAGAAGAAGAAGAAGAAGGGGAAGAAGAAGAAGAAGAAGAAGAAGAAGAGAAGGAGGAAGAAGUGUUCUUAA